AUGAUCCCACCGUGUGAUCCGACGAUAUUAGAGCACAAUCCGCUCUUCAAACGCUUACAUCAACAUUUAACUGCCUCUUUGCUAAACCCCGAUGGCUCAACGCGCACCACCGAUGCGCAACCAGCAAGAAGGGAAAUUAUCAUGGAAUUGAGAGGCUGCCGUAUGCGCAACGCGAAGAAACAAAUAAAGAAGCAAAUGCUGCGCCAACUGGCGUUGGACCCUGACAACGAACUGCCGGAUGAGUGUCGUGAGCCCCUCGCUAUCAUCAGCCUAUACCUUGAAGCUUCGCCGAACGAGCUCGACCAGAUCCGCGACCCUCGUGAUGGAGUGGACGUGGAUACGCUCCUGGCAUCGGAUUUUGAGAAAUUCUACGCAAAGCUGCCUUUCAUCAUGCCGCAUUUUACACGAUCCCUUGCGUCCGCCUUGCAUGACCUUCGAUCCCUCGCGAAUGCGGGCAACAAGGCAGCCCUUUCAAAUACGUCAACAGAAGGCUCCCGGUCACGGAUGCAAGUCCGAUGCCGUUCAAAGGCCGCGCGACAGGACCCUCUUGGUCCUCAGCUGAGUGAACGACUGCAAAAUUUGCGCCAUUUACAGUUAUCUGAGCUCGCCGGGGGUCGAACGCGCAUGGCCGGAACGGCGGCAGAGGUACUUGCCAUGCGAGCGGCGAUACUAGAGCGGACUGUAACUCUCCUGGAACGCACGAAACAUGGCGCAAUGGCGCGUGCGACGAAGGCUAAGGCAGAGCACCUUGCGGCUGUGGCGCGUGGACUUGAAGGCAAGCUGAGGGUGAUGAGACUGGAUGCUUUGGCCGCGAUUCACACACCCGAAGUUAAUGCUGCGCUUUCCCAUUAUUUUCAGCACCUGCGCAAUGCGCGAGAGCGGCUGGAGGAGAGAAGACGCCUGGUUCUGGAUGAAUUGAAAGCGUACGAAGACGCGGAUUCGAGCACCAUAAACGGUCCUGCAAAGCCUGGACCUAUUGUUGGGUUCAUCCGCCAGUACGGAAACCUGAUUAAACAGAUUGAAGAUAUCAAGUCGGAGAUUCGGCGAUUACAAAGGUAG